UAUGAUUCUUUUUUCUUUUUACCUUCUCGACAGUGAAGGGAAGGGAAGAGGGAACAACAAGAUUUCAUGGAUCAUGUCCUCUUGACAAGUGUCUCUGUUCCUCACCUUAUGUUCCCCAGUUCUAUUCAUUCUCACUCUCAUUCUCAUUCUCAUUCAUUCAUUUGAAAGAAGGAAACUAUCUUCCUCUUGCUUCUUCUUCUCUGGUCUUUCAUCCGCUUCCACUUUUUACUGUGUAAAGCUCCAAAGAAUCAAAGUUCCCACCUUUUAUCUCGCGCUCUGUCUAUCUGUCUGUCUGUCUGUCUCUCCCUGUGUUUUUCAACUUUGAGGACUCUGUCUCCGAGCUGAACACGACACCGCUGCCAUGGCAGUGGCAGAGCUGACCACCCCCACCUGCCCGAAAUCCGCCCUCCGCUCUUCCCACUCCCAGCAGCUCUCUUACUUGUCUGCCCGCUUCCAUAGUCGCCGCCACCAGUCCUUCCGUCUUCCCCAUCGAGCCCGGAAUGCGAGGAUUUCUUGCUCCGUGAACAGCCAAGCUCCACCGGUUGCUGUAAAGACCGAGGAGCCGAAGACUAAACAGUCUGAGUGCUUUGGUGUCUUCUGCCUCACUUAUGACCUCAAGGCUGAAGAAGAGACGAAAUCAUGGAAGAAAAUGAUAAACGUCUCCGUCUCUGGUGCCGCUGGGAUGAUUUCAAAUCAUCUUCUUUUCAAGCUUGCAUCUGGUCAAGUUUUCGGACCAAAUCAACCCAUUGCUUUGAAACUAUUGGGUUCAGAAAGGUCAUUUCAAGCUCUUGAAGGAGUUGCCAUGGAACUGGAGGAUUCCUUGUUUCCUUUACUGAGAGAAGUGAAGAUCGGGAUUGAUCCUUAUGAGGUGUUCCAAGAUGCAGAAUGGGCUCUCCUGAUUGGAGCCAAGCCUCGUGGGCCUGGAAUGGAACGGGCAGACUUGCUGGAUAUUAAUGGGCAAAUCUUUGCUGAGCAGGGGAAGGCUCUAAAUGCAGUCGCAUCUCGUAAGGUGAAAGUCAUAGUAGUUGGAAACCCAUGCAACACCAACGCAUUAAUCUGUUUGAAAAACGCUCCAAAUAUUCCUGCAAAGAACUUUCAUGGCCUGACAAGGUUAGAUGAGAAUCGCGCGAAAUGCCAGCUUGCUCUCAAAGCUGGGGUCUUCUAUGAUAAGGUGUCGAAUGUGACCAUUUGGGGAAACCACUCAACUACACAGGUACCAGACUUUCUAAAUGCUAGAAUCAAUGGAUUGCCGGUCAAAGAGGUGAUUACAGACCAUAAGUGGCUAGAGGAGGAGUUCACUGAAAAAGUCCAGAAGAGAGGUGGAGCAUUGAUCCAGAAGUGGGGAAGAUCUUCAGCAGCCUCGACUGCUGUUUCGAUUGUUGAUGCAAUAAAGUCCCUCAUUACUCCAACCCCUGAGGGUGAUUGGUUCUCUUCUGGAGUAUAUACAGAUGGAAAUCCUUAUGGAAUUGCAGAGGGUAUUGUUUUUAGCAUGCCCUGCCGAUCCAAAGGUGAUGGAGAUUACGAGCUUGUCAAGGAUGUGAUCUUUGAUGACUACCUUCUCAAGAAAAUUACCAAGACUGAGGCAGAGUUGCUGGCUGAGAAGAGAUGCGUAGCUCAUCUGAUCGGGGAGGGAGUUGGAUUCUGCGAUCUGCCCGAGGACACGAUGCUUCCAGGAGAGAUGUGAUUCCAUCAAUGGCAGCAACAUUUCUCGCGCAUUUAUGUACAAGUGAAAUAUGAAAGCUAGAAUAGGCUAUCUAUUUGUUUGUGCAGAUCAGAGUGUCAAAUGAGUGGUAAUGAUCUUACAGGAUGAGGAGCCUUAGCAUCUAAUUCCAUGAAAUAAAUGUGGGGGCAUCUGGAGCUUCCAUUCUUAUGCUCCACCUCCCAGUGAACAAUUUCAGUUUAGUGUUAUGGAUCCCUUUCUCUA